AUGGAAAAUGGUAUAUUUACAUGGACAGUUGGCACUGGUUUAAGGUAUAUAAACACAGAUAUAACAUUCAUCGUUAUAGAUAGUUUAAAUGCUCUAGCAAAAAGUAUAGUAACUAUCAAUUACUGUGGAUGUGAAGAACCGGGACAAUGCUCUUCUAUUACGUCUAAUUCAAAUUCUACAGAUAAUGUAAAAAAGGCAUCAUGUAAUUGUCCAGAAUAUGCUACCGGAUUGUACUGCGAAUUGAUACAAAAUACAUGUCCAAAUAUUACAUGCUACCAAAAUGAUUUAUGCAAUGCGACGGCCUACCGACUAUCAGAUAGCUGGCCAUGUGCUCCGUGUCCGAAUGGAAGACGUCAAGUAAUGACUCCAAAACAACAAACUUGUGAAGGCAAGUUGGAAGAUUCAGUUAAUGUGAAGUGCAAUAGCUCACAAUGGGAUAUAAGCAUGGAUAUUGACCUGUUAAAGACAAGUUACCCCGGAAUCAGACCUCAUGACAUAUAUUUAGGGGAAUCACAAUGCCACGGAAAACUAGAAGGGUCCAUCCUAAAGUUCAACUAUAAUAUUAGUAGCUGUAAAACAACAAAAAUGACAUCAGGCAUUACACACAUCUUUAGCAAUAAAUUAUUUUAUGUCAUCUUUGAUCCUGUUAUACCGUUUUUAAUUCGUCGACACAUAUGGACUUUUGCUGUAGAGUGUGAUGUUAUCAAAGGGGGAACGGGGACAUCACAUUUACAUCAUGGCAUUGAAACACAUCAUGCAACAUACGUUGAACAUUAUAAUGUCACUGUGGAGCUUUUUAGUGAUCAACACUUUCAGCACCCUAUUAAUGGAAGAACCGGAAUUGUCCAUGUAGGAGAGGACGUAUACGUCAAGGUGUCUACGACCAUAUCAGAUUGGAAUACAAAAAUGCGACUUCACACGUGUUUUACUAGACCAAAUAGCAAUGCGACAAGUGACAUGGAUGUUGUUUUGAUAAAUAAUGGAUGUGAAGUAGACGGCAACACACACAUUAUUUCGCAGUCAACACAUGAGACGAGAUUUGUUUUUCAAGAUUUUGAGUAUCUUACAAAUGAUGAAGGGCUAGACAUUUACUGUAACGCAACAUAUUGUGAUUCUAAGGAUUACUCGUCAGGUUGCGUACAGACCUGCCAUCAAGGUCCUUCAUUGGUCGGAUGA